UAUGACAUCAAGGCCCCCAGCAUGUUCAACACCCGCAACGUGGGCAAGACGCUUGUCACCCGCACCCAGGGCACCAAGAUUGCCUCUGAUGGCCUGAACGGCCGCGUGGUGGAGGUGUCUCUGGCCGACCUGCAGAACAACGAGGCUGACGCGUACCGCAACAUCAAGCUGCGGGUGGAGGAUGUGCAGGGCCGCAACUGCCUGACCCAGUUCCAC